GAGGUAGUUUGUCCCUAGCGACGCUCCUUCCCGGAAGCAGCUGUUCGCACCAUCAUGGCGGCGGUGGUGCUGCUGCUGCGGGAGAUCUCAAUGACAACGGCUGCGGCGAGGCACCUGCUGCGCGGGGGAGGAGGAGGAAGAAGGAGCGAAGCUGUCCUCGCCCUUGGGGCCAGGCCUCUGAAGACUUCCACAUGGCAGCUGGCACAGGACCAAGAUACACAAGUUAUCACAGUUGAUCAAAAUUUGGACAUUACCCCUCUAACUGGUGUUCCAGAGGAGCAUAUUAAAACACGAAAAGCUUAUAUUUUUGUUCCGGCCCGUAAUGCCAUGCAAGCUGGUGUUAAUAACACGAAAAAAUGGAAAAUGGAAUUUGAUACAAGGGAGCGCUGGGAAAACCCACUGAUGGGUUGGGCAUCUUCAGCGGAUCCUCUGUCCAAUAUGCAACUAACCUUCUCUACAAAAGAAGAUGCUAUUGCAUUUGCUGAAAAAAAUGGCUGGAGCUAUGAUGUUCAAGAGGAGAGGAUUCCAAAACCUAAAUCCAAGUCUUAUGGCGCAAACUUUUCUUGGAACAAAAGAACAAGGGUGUCCACAAAAUAGGUUGGCAUUGGUUGUCUCUGCAUCUGACUGCGAAUAAAGUCAGCUGUGCUGUAUUUAUAGUCCAUGUAUAAUACGUCUCUUAAUCUCCUAAUAAAUUUGACCUUUAAACUGCUCA